UCUGUCUGGACAAAGCUCCUGGAGAAUGCCUCGCAAGUAGGGCAGGUAGUGAGCGCCGCGGCCAAAGUCUUCCCUCUUGCAAUCAGUGCCCUCUCUCGCUUUUUUACAGGAAGCCCUUGCAGGAGAGGCUGGAAGUGGUGACCACCAAAAAUGCUUAGUCCCGAGACAGGACUCUGCACUUCCUCCCUUUAACCCUUUGCGCUUCUCAGAAGGCGAAGAGGCUCAGAAAAAGUCUCACGGGGAGUGACAUCCAGACCUGACUCUGCGCAAUCCUUGAUGGAAGCUCAUCCCAGAUCUGCUUAGAGGGAUUCCUCUCCCCAAAAAGUGUCAACCACAAAAACCUCCUCUGGUGAAACUUGUCCAGGGUCUCUUUCUGCUACCAGGUCCUAUGAAUGAAGGGAGCUUUGGAGAUCCAGGAGUUCCACUGGCCCCAUUUGGUUAGAGAACAGAUAAACAAUGGACGCAGGUAAGAAAGCCAGGGAAAGGAGCAGAGGAGAAAUCUGGGCAAGAACUGGGCAGAAGAUCCUGGAGGAGGAAGUCAUCAAUUCAGAGGUCCAGCACAGGAGCUUCAGAAAUGUCCACUUCCAGGAGAAGGGACCACGGGAGAUUUGCAGCUGCCUCCACCACCUUUGCUGUCAGUGGCUGAAGCCAGAAAGACACACAAAGGCUCAGAUGCUGGACCUGGUGCUCCUGGAGCAGUUCAUGGCCGUCCUGCCUCCAGAGAUGGAGAGCUGGGUCCGGGAGUGUGGAGCGGAGACCAGUUCCCAGGCAGUGGCCCUGGCCGAAGGCUUCCUCCUGAGCCAGGCAGAGCAGAAGAAGCAAGAACAGCUGCAGGGCCCGGCGAUGGUCACCGAACAUUCCAGAAAAAGGAGAGAUUCAUCAGAUCUCUCACAAGAGCUGCUUUUCAGAGGAUUUUCCAAAGAAGAUCAAAGUCAGGAAACAUCAGGAGGGAACAGAACAAUGCCACUGAUCUUUGUAGGAUCCUCUCCUUUUUCUAAUGGAGCUAAAACAGCCGCUGAACCAUCAGUUCAGGGUCUUGUAUCCUUUGAGGACGUGGCUGUGUAUUUCUCUGAAGAGGAGUGGUCGCAGCUGAAUAUCAACCAAAAAGCUCUCCAUAGGGAAGUCAUGCUAGAGAACUCUAGGAUUGUAGCUUCUCUGGGAAGCAAGUGUGAGAAAAAACAAUCAAAAAGUGGGAGUAAGAAGAGCUCAACUUCACAAUCUGCUCAGAAGUUUUUUGCCCAACAAGAUCACAAAGGAAAAACACCGAGCAAGUGCUUACAGAAAAGUAUGAAAAUAUUCAAAGACAAGUUAGAUUUAAAUAAACAUUAUACAACUCAUGGUAAAGGUAAACGCUAUCAGUGUAGGGAGAAUGAAAGAAAUAAGACUCCGACUUUAAAUAUUUCUUUAUGUGAGAAGGUCAAGAUGGAAGAGAAACCAUAUAAAUGCAGAGAAUGUGGAAAAAGCUUCAGCAAGAACAGUUCACUAACCUGUCAUACAAAAAUCCAUGCAGGGGAGAAGCCAUAUAACUGUAGGGAAUGUGGAAAGAGCUUUACGUGGAACAGUCACCUUACUUCCCAUAAAAGGAUUCACACUGGUGAGAAGCCAUAUAAAUGCACAGAAUGUGGAAAAAGCUUUACUCAGAAUAGUCAACUUACUUACCAUAAGAGGAUCCAUACGGGGGAGAAACCAUAUAAAUGUAUGGAGUGUGAAAAGAGCUUUACUCAGAUCAGUCAACUUACAUAUCAUAGAAGGACCCAUACAGGGGAGAAACCAUAUAAAUGCAUGGAGUGUGGAAAGAGCUUUACUCGGAAUAUUCAACUCACUUCCCAUACAAGAAUUCACACAGGGGAAAAACCCUAUCAAUGCAUGGAGUGUGGAAAGAGCUUCACUCAGAACUGUCACCUUACUUCCCACAAGAGAGUCCACACAGGAGAGAAACCCUAUAAAUGUAUGGAGUGUGGAAAAAGCUUUACUGACAAGAGUUACCUUACUUGCCAUAAAAGAAUCCACACAGGAGAGAAACCAUACAAAUGCAUGGAAUGCGGAAAAAGCUAUUUUCAGAAAAGUCUACUUACUUCUCACAGAGGGAUCCACAGAGUGGAGAAACCUUACAAGUGCAUGGAGUGUGGGAAGAGUUUUACAUGGAAGAGCCACCUUUCUUCCCAUAAAAGAAUCCACACGGGGGAGAAGCCAUAUAAAUGUAGGGAAUGUGGAAAGAAUUUCCAUGAAAAUAGGUCCCUUAUUAUUCAUGAAACAAUCCAUACACGGGAGAAACCCUUUAAAUGUAUAGAGUGUGGAAAGAGCUUUAUAUGGAAGAGUCAACUUAUUUCCCAUGAAAGGAUCCACACAGGGGAGAAGCCUUAUGAAUGCAGGGAAUGUGGGAAGAGCUUCUAUGAAAAUAGGUCCCUUACUAUUCAUAAAAGGAUCCACACAGGAGAGAAAUUAUAUAAAUGCAUGGAGUGCGGGAAGAACUUUAUAUGGAAGAGUCAACUUACGUCCCAUGAAAGAAUCCACACAGGGGAGAAGCCAUAUACCUGCAAGGAAUGUGGAAAGAGCUUUACUCAUAACAGCCAACUUAGUAAACAUAACAGAAUCCAUACAGGGGUGAAACCCUAUAAAUGUACUGAGUGUGGAAAGAGCUUUACUCAAAAAAGUCAACUUAAUUUCCAUAUAAGAAUUCACACUGGGGAAAAGCCCUAUCAAUGUGUGGAGUGUGGAAAGAGCUUCAGCAGGAACAGCGAACUUACUUGCCAUAAAAGGAUACACACAGGGGAGAAACCGUAUAAAUGUGUAGAGUGUGGAAAGAGUUUUACUCAUAGCAGUCACCUUAUUUCCCAUAAAAGGAUUCAUACAGGAGAGAAACCAUAUCAAUGCAUAGAAUGUGGGAAAAGCUUUUCUGAGCAUAGUCAACUCACAUGCCAUAAAAGGAUCCACACAGGAGAGAAACCAUAUAAAUGCAUGGAAUGUGGAAAGUGCUUCAGUCAGAGCAAUUCACUCACUUGCCAUGAAAGGAUCCACACAGGGGAGAAACCUUUUAAAUGCAUGGAGUGUGGAAAGAGCUUUAUUCGAAGCAGUCAGCUAAGUUAUCAUAAGAUGAUCCACACAGGGGAAAAGCCUUUUGAAUGCAUGGAAUGUGGAAAGAGCUUCAGGAGGAAGAGUGACCUGCUUUCCCAUAAAAGGAGCCACUCUGGAAGGGUUGCACAUGAGAAUGAGAAUUAUAAGGAGUUGAGUGUGCUGAGAUGGCAAACAAUCAAUCAUGAAUUCAGGAAAGAGAUACCUGGAAAUCAACGGAAGCCAAGAUCCUUUGGCAUUGCGCACAGAUUCCACCAGGGGUCUCCCCUUACAAAGGUGGCCGGACUGGCAGUCUCCGAACUUCAGGCAGGAACUGGGCAUGCGCAAAUACGGGACUCUUUGCAUAGUUCAGAUCCUAUGGAUGAGAAGACCUUUGGAGAUCAAGAAGAUCCAUUGGCCCCAUUUGGAUCUGGAUUAGAGAACAGAGAGAAAAAGCAGGCAAAGUACAGAGCAGAUGAAGCUAGAAAAGGCCCUUCUGCUGCUCAGCCCAAGAGUUUUCAGAAAAUGCGGGCAAGAACUGAGCAGAAGAACUUGGAGGAAGAAACCAUCACUUCAGAGAUCCAGCGCUGGAACUUCAGAAAUGUACACUUCCAGGAGACCAAGGGGCCGCGAGAGAUUUGCAGUCGCCUCCACCACCUUUGCCACCAGUGGCUGCAGCCAGAAAGGAACACAAAGGCGCAGAUGCUGGACCUGGUGAUCCUGGAGCAGUUCCUGGCCAUCCUGCCUCCAGAGAUGGAGAGUUGGGUACGAGAGUGUGGAGCGGAGACCAGUUCCCAGGCGGUGGCCCUGGCCGAAGGCUUCCUCCUGAGCCAGGCAGAAGAGCAAAAGGAGCAGGGAGAGAUGCAGCUCUUGGCAGCAGUCACCCAACAUCCUGAGAAAAGGGAGGGUUCAUUGAAUCUCCCACCAGAGCUGUUUUUAAGGAGAAGCUCCAAGGAAGAUCAAAAUCAAGAACUAUCAGGAGGAAACAGAAUGAUAUUUGCAGGAUCGUCUUGUUUUUUGCAUGGAAUCGAAAGAGUGGCUGAACCUCCAACUCAGCAGGGUCUUGUGUCCUUCGAGGAGGUAGCUGUGUAUUUCUCCAAGGAGGAAUGGUCUCAUCUGGAUCCUGACCAAAAAGCCCUCCACGGGGAAGUCAUGCUGGAGAACUCUAGGAUUGUAGCCUCUCUGGGGAAUGAAUGGCAGGGGACCAAGAGUUACAACAAACCAAUCAAAAUGACCAGGCAUGAAAAAGGACAACAGAAGUCUCCAAAUCAAAUGGAACUAAGAAGGUGUGAGAAAAAUCAAAUGAACAAUGGAAGAAAGAAAAGCUCAACUUUCCAGUAUGCCCAAAUCCCAGACUUUUUUGUCCAACAAAAACAGAAGACAAUAACAAGGAGUAUGUGUUUAGGGAAAAGUGUGAAAAUACUCAAAGAAAAAUUAGAGAUAAAUAAACACUAUGGGACCCACACUAAAGAAGAACAACAGUUGUGGCAGGAUGAAAAAAUUCACAGUCAGCCUUUCACUCUUUCUUUGUAUGAAACAGCCAAGGUAGGAGAGAAACCAUACAAAUGUAUAGAAUGUGGAAAAAGCUUCAGGAAGAACCAUUCCCUUAUUUGCCACAAAAGAAUCCAUACAGGAGAAAAACCAUUUCAAUGCAGAGAGUGUGAAAAAACUUUCAGAUGGAGUAGUCACCUUUCUUUCCAUAAAAGGAUUCACACAAGAGAGAAAGCAUACAAAUGCAGAGACUGUGGAAAGAGCUUCCUUGCAUAUGGGUCCCUUAAGAUUCAUAAAAGGAUCCACAUAGUGGGAAAACCAUAUAAAUGCACAGAGUGUGGGAGGAGGUUUACUCAGAACAGUAACCUCACUUCCCAUAAAAGAAUCCAUACAGGAGAAAAACCAUAUGAAUGUACAGAGUGUGGAAAGAGCUUCAGUGAGAGCAGUUCCCUUAUUUCCCAUAAAAGGAUUCACACAGGAGAGAAACCAUAUAAAUGCCUGGAGUGUGGAAAGAGCUUCAGUAAAAAUGGGUCUUUUACUUCCCAUAUAAGGAUCCACACUGGGGAGAAACCAUACAAAUGCAUGGAUUGUGGAAAGAGCUUUACUCAGAAAAGUUCCCUUAAUUCCCAUAGAAGGAUCCACACAGGGGAGAAACCAUAUAAAUGCUUGGAAUGUGGAAAGAACUUCCGUAAAAAUGGGUCAUUUCUUUCCCAUAAAAGGAUUCACACGGGGGAGAAACCAUAUAAGUGUGUUGACUGUGGUAAGAGCUUUACCCAGAAGGGUUCCCUGACUUCCCAUAAAAGGAUCCAUACAGGGGAGAAACCAUAUAAAUGCAUGGAGUGUGGGAAGAGCUUUACUCAGAAUGGUGAUCUUGCUAACCAUAAAAGGAUCCAUACAGGAGAAAAACCUUAUAAAUGCUUGGUGUGUGGAAAGAAUUUCCGUGACAAUGGGUCAUUUACUUCCCAUAAAAGAAUUCAUACAGGGGGGAAACCAUAUAAAUGCACUGAAUGUGGAAACAGCUUUAGAAUGAGCAGUUCCCUUACCUCCCAUAAAAGGAUCCACACAGGGGAGAAACCAUACAAAUGCAUGGAAUGUGGAAAGAGUUUUAGUCAGAAUGGUAAACUUACUUCCCAUAACAGGAUUCACACAGGGGAGAAACCAUAUAAAUGUUUGGAAUGUGGAAAGUGCUUCCGUGAAAAUGGGUCCCUUACUUCUCAUAAAAGGAUCCACACAGGGGAAAAACCCUAUAAAUGUUUUGAGUGUGGAAAGAAGUUUAGUAAGAGUAGUUCCCUAACUUCCCAUAAAAGGAUACAUACAGGGGAGAAACCAUAUAAAUGCACUGAAUGUGGGAAGAGUUUUACUCAGAAUGGUGGUCUUACUUCCCAUAAAAGGAUCCACACAGGGGAGAAACCAUACAAAUGCACAGUGUGUGGAAAGAGCUUCUGUCAAAAUCGUUCUCUUAUGUCUCAUAAAAGAAUUCACAUUGUAGAACUGAUGUAACUGUAUGGAAUUGGGGCUGCGGGGGGGCGGGGGGUGCCAGUGCGGAUCUUUUGGAAGAGCGAGGAGACGGACAGCAGCAUCUGCGCCGUGCAUCGCAUUGCUCAUCCCGAGCAGCCUGAAUGUAUGGAUAGAGGAGAAGGCAAAGAGGGAGCUUUGUCCUCUCUGAAAAGAGCCAUGAUGGAGACUCACCAACUCUUUUACAGAGAAGACAGCUCUGGAGAUUCACGGGAGCCCUUCAAAGCGUCUGGACCUCUGGGGGAACUUGGAGAGAAGAUGGAAGCAAAUGACCCUGCAGGGAAAGGCCUUCAUGCUGCUCAGGUUGAGAGCCAGGGGGAGUUUACCCAGAAGUCCAGGCAGAAGGUCCUGGAAGAAGGAACCCUCACUCGGAAGGUCCGGCACCAGCAGUUCAGGGGAUUCCUCUACCAGGAGACCCAAGGACCCCGAGAGAUUUGCAGCUGUCUCCACCGCCUUUGCCUUCAAUGGCUGAAACCAGAAAGGAACACAAAGGCUCAGAUGCUGGACUUGGUGGUCCUGGAGCAUUUUCUGGCUGUCCUUCCCCUGGAGAUGGCGAACUGGGUGAGGGAAUGUGGAGUGGAAACCAGUUCCCAGGCAGUGGCCCUAGCCGAAGGCUUCCUCCUAAGCCAGGCAGAGGACAAAAAGAAGCAGGGAAGUUCCAUCCAAGUGGAUCCCCGAAGUCCCAAGCCAAAGGGAGAUCCAUCAGAUCCUUCUCAGGGGACACUUUUGGGAGAGAUUUCCAAGGAAAAUCCCACUCCCAUCAUCUCACCAGGGGAGAAUACGAUGUUGGUGGUACUUCUUGAAACAUCUCCCUUUUCUGGUGGAAAAGAAACAGCAACUUCACUUGCAGCUCAGGCUCCGAUGUCCUUCAAGGAGGUGGCUGUGUAUUUCUCUGAGGAAGAGUGGGCUCUGCUCAGUUCUGAUCAAAAAGCCCUGCACAGAGAAGUCAUGCUGGAGAAUUCUAGGAAUGUGGCUUCUCUCAGUAAGGAAUUAGCCAAACCAGAGCCUGACUCCUGGCAGGAAGAAGGUGGAGAUUUGUUCUUCUGGGGAUCCAGGAAAGGAUUUAAGCAGGAAAAUGAGAAUGAUCAGGAACAUGAAGUGGGAAAAGAGACAGCUGAAAAUCCCUGGAGAUCAGAAACACCGGAGGAAAACCACUCUAAAUAUCUGGGGGGAAAAUUGUGCGCUUCUCAGCAUGGUGAAAUCCAUACGUUCCUGACCCAAGAGGAUCACUUGGAAAACAGAAUAGGGAAUUGCCUUCUACAGGUGACAACACUGACAGAUAACUCAGAAUUGUGUAACCAGUAUGGAACCGAGAUAGGAAACAAUCAGUAUGAAUGGAGAAAGCACGGAACAUUUUUCAGCCAAACCUUUCCUCUUACUUUAUGUCAGCAAAUCCACACAAGGGAAAAGCCCUAUGAAUGCAUGCAGUGUGGAAAGUACUUCAGCAACCGCAGUAACCUAACAUCCCAUGAAAGGAUUCAUUCAGGGGAAAAACCCUAUAAAUGCACAGAGUGUGGAAAGAGCUUCAACCGGAGCAGUAACCUGACUUCUCAUAAAAGGAUCCAUUCAGGCGAAAAACCAUAUAGAUGUAUGGAAUGUGGAAAGAGUUUCAGUGACAGCAGUUCCCUGACUUCCCACAAAAGGCUGCACACAGGGGAGAAACCCUAUAAAUGCAUGGAGUGUAGAAAGAGCUUCAGGUUGAGCAGUCAGCUUACUUCACAUAAAAGGAGUCACACAGGGGAGAAACCAUAUAAAUGUAUGGAGUGCGGAAAGAGCUUAAGAUGGAGCAGUGAACUUACUUUGCAUAAAAGGAUCCAUUCAGGGGGAAAAUCAUAUACAUGUAUGGAGUGUGGAAAAACCUUCAGCCAGAAUUGUCACCUUACUUCACACAAAAGGCUCCACACAGGAGAGAAACCAUAUGUUUGUAUGGAGUGUGGAAAGAGUUUCAGCAAGAGCAGUUCCCUUACUUUACAUAAAAGGAUCCAUACAGGGGAGAAACCAUAUACAUGUAUAGAGUGCGGAAAGAGCUUCAAACAAAGCAGUAAACUUACUUCUCAUAAAAGGAUCCAUACAGGGGAGAAACCAUACAAAUGUGUGGAGUGUGGAAAGACCUUCAGAUUGAGCAGUCAGUUGACGUCUCAUAAAAGGAUCCACACAGGGGAGAAACCAUACUCAUGCACAGAGUGUGGAAAGAGCUUCAGUCAGAGUAGUAACCUAACUUCCCAUAAAAGGCUUCACACAGGAGAAAAACCCUAUAUUUGUCUGGAGUGUGGAAAGAACUUCAGGCUGAGCAGUUUCCUUGCUUCCCACAAAAAAAUCCAUAUGGGGGGGAAAACAUACAAAUAUAUGGAGUGUGGAAAGAGCUUUAGUCAGAGUUGUGACCUAAUUUCUCAUAAAAGAAUCCCCAAGGGAGAAACCAUAUAAACACAUGGAGUGUUUGAGUACAAAUCUUACUCAAUCCAAAGAAUUCAUACAAAAAAGCAUCCUAGAAAAAACGUUUAAUAACCCAAGCCAUAAAGUGGACAACUGAAGAAGAAAUCAUGCAAACACAUGGAGGAGCUUCAGCCAGAGAAUGUCCUUUAUUCUUCAUAAAAGGAGGCAUAAAGGGGAGAAGCCAUAUAAAUGCAUGAAGUAUGAAAAGAGCUUCAGUGUUUGCAGUUCCUUUACUUCCCAUAAAAGGAUCCACAUGGGGAGAAUGCAUAUGAAUAUAUGGAGUGUGGAAAGAGCUUCAAACAUAGCAGUCAACUUCUCAUAAAAGCGUCCUUGCUUCAGCAUCAGCAGUACCCAUAAUUCCACAAAAAGGAACCAUAUGAGAGAGAAUCCAUACCAAUACACGGAAUUUAGGAAGACCUUCACUCAAAACAAUCAUCUGUUCACAUCAAUUAACUUGUACCAAAGCAAAUCACAUAACCAUUGGUAAAAUGGAGUCUGAUCUAAGCCAUGGCUCUGUGUUUCUUUUGAACAAUUUAACCAGUUGUGAACUGCCUUGUCCUUCCUGAUCUCCAGACCACAGAGGAGAGUGGCAAGAGAGGCAGCAAAGUGAAAUGAUCCCCACAUCUUGCAAAGACUGAUCGUGUUUGAGCAAUCACAUGACUUGUUGCUUUCAACAAAUAAAAUGCAUGGAAGGUGCUGGGAAACUGGUUUGAGAGAUGGAAGGGGUUGUAGUUUGGGAAAAGGAACCAAUAGGAUUACAUAAAAGAAUUUACUGAAAACACUUUUCCUACUUCUUGAAGUAGGAAAAGGAAGGAGGGUGACAAAGGAAGGUGAUGUGUGCAUACUAAGAAGUUUGAUGAUAAUCUGAAAACAGGACAGUUCACCAUAGAAUACAAACAACGCUGGAGAAAGUGUCAGGAAAUCUGGAACUGGAAUGAACUAACGUGGUUAUAGAAUGCUAAGAGGUAAGUAAAAGACAACCCCAUAGCUCUAAUUCUGGGUCGGUCCUUGAAGAAGAUGUUCCAAUCGGCAACUGUGAAAGUUGAAGAUGCAAGUUUGCAUGCAGCUUUCCUCUAAAAUUGAAUCAAGGACAGUUUAACUGUGCCUUAAACCUCAAAUCUUCUCAUUCAGUUGGAUCCUAUUCAUGGGGUCACUUUGGAUCAGUCACUGAGGCCAACCUAUCCCACAGGGUUGUUUUUGGGGAGAGAAAGUUGGAAAUAAGCAUUGCCUUAAGCUCCUAACGGGAAAAUAAAUUAAGAAUUUUUUUUUUUUUUACUUUUGCUGUACUCCUGUCUUGUAGUUAUGGAGGUGCAGAUGUUCACUCCCAGCUAAGGAUUUAACCAGGCGAACCCCAGUUUAGUUUUGAUGGCACUGUUACAAGGGUUAUCUCCUGACCAUCUGGAUAUGGAUGCAGUCACUUGCCCAACAUCGAACAGGGUCCAUCACUUUUGGUUUAUUGCCCAAGUGUUGUUUGUUUUGUGUGCCAGUUUUCUUUCUGGGUUCAAAUGUAAUAAUGUUCACAAAGCAGUGAUUUUACAAAGCACUGAGCCCAGCCUAGCCAAAGGCAUGUUAGUACUAGUUGUUGGGUGAAACUGGUCAACCUAUGAUACUGGGAUCAGAGAUGGGCAAAAAGUUUCAUUCUGUGUUUGGAAACUGAAGACAAACUCCAGUUCUCUCUCCCCCAAAUACUUUUU